UUUAGCAGGAGUCCCAAUGGGUCAAUGCUAAAAUAAUAAAUAUUGCUGUAAAAUUGCGGAAAUAGUUCUCUUUUCUUAUAAAAAUAGUUUUAAUUUAUGUAAUAGGAUGUAAUAUCUAUUAAGUUUACCAUUUCAAUAUAUUCAGUGGUAUCUAGAAUGUAAAAUAAUACAUAAUUACAAAGAUUACAAAUAUAUGGUUGUGAAAAGCUAGCGACCGAGUUGUUUUAAACAUGUUUUUGAGAAAAACGAUAAUAUUUUAACAAAUAAAAUGCGGUGUUUCGUUCCGUCGUGUUAUAAUGACUCCAGGCAUAAGCUUUCCAAAUCUCAAGGCAUAACAUUUCACAUGUUUCCUACAGAACCCGUAUUACGUGCCGCCUGGUUGAAAGCCUUAAAUAUAGAGAAUAGUUCACCAAAAGAUCGUAAUCUCAUAUGUUCAGAACAUUUCAAGACAGAUGAUAUAUAUGUAACUUCAAGUGGUUUAAGACGUUUGAGAAGUGGAGCCGUACCAAUGAAUAUUGAUAGCAGUGAUUUUAAUGAAGAUGUGAAACUGAUGGUGUGUAGAGUAUGUCUUGGUAUGGAUUUACAGUUGAUACCUAUUGCAAGGUACAGCUUGAACCAGGCGUAUGACAGUAUUACGGGAUGUGAUUUUCUAGAGAACAAUCUACCUCAAUACAUUUGUAAGGAGUGUGCGUGCCGUUUGAAAAACUGUUGGAGUUUUAAGAACAAGUGCCUGCGUGCUAGGAGCCUUUUGGAUGAUCUUUUUAGGAGUAAUAUUAAUGUAACAUUAGACAGUGUAAAAAGUAUAGAUCGUCAAGCGAAUCAACUUACAUCAAAUUUAGCAACAAAAAUACUAGAUCCAGAUAAUAUUAUAUGUAUAGAAUACUCAGAAAACGAAAAUAUAUUAAAAACUAAAGAUAAUUCAAUUGACGAAACAAAUAUAUUCUUAGUGGAAGAUUUUAAUGAUAAUCAUUUAAAUAAUGAUGAUGAAAACAAUGAUCUGGUUGGUGAUAAUAUCAUAAAUGACGGAGCCGGUGAUGAUGAUAAUAUAAUAAAUGAUGGAUAUUCAUCAGAUGAUAGCUUACCUCUCGAGUUACAAAGGAAAAAACGAAAGAAAGAUAAAGUUAAAUCAGUUAAGAAAGUAAGAAAGAAAGAUGAGCCAAAAAUAGAUCGACGGAGAAAGCCGUUCCUUAACAACGAUUUAAAUGAAACACUUUUUACGAUAACGGAUUUAACGGUAGAAGAACAAGUAGCAGAGAUACAAAAGAGACAAGAGUCGAGUAAUUAUAAGAAUUCAGUGUACAAGUGUACCGCGUGUUUCAAAGGGUUUCUGGAUGAAGAUGCCUACAAUUGUCAUGUUCUUAGGCAUACUAAUCAAUGCGGCGACCAUCAGUGUAGUAUAUGCAAAACAUACUUCAAACACCCGCACGCGUUGCGCAAACACAUAACCGCUCACCACACGCAGCGGUACAGCUGCAACCGGUGUCCGUACGUCACUACGCAUAGACAAACGGCCAGGCUACACGAGAGAUGGCACAAAGGGACGAAAUACAAAUGUCCGCAUUGUCAAGACGAAUUCGUCAAAUUCACAACAUACAUGGGCCACAUACGUAUAAAGCACCCAUCGGAUUUUGUGUGUGCUCUCUGCGGGUAUUCCUUCGUUAGUGAAAAAGGUAUAGAAUUGCAUAAGAAGUUGAAACAUCGCUUGGAAGAUGGUAAGAUACCAGACGACGGUCCCCAUUGUGAAUUAUGUAAUGUUCGUUUCUUGGAUCAAGUAGCUUAUAAAAAGCAUUUGAGCAUGUCAGCGAGGCAUAAGAAUGACAAUUCGAAAGACGACAGACGCAGGAAGGGCAGAAGAACGAAUAAUAUAAAAGACAAGAAAGACGCCGGUAGCGAUGGUGAUGAAAAGAAGAAAUCCUAUCCGAGCCAGCUUAGGAAGACUGAGGGUCCUAUACCGUGCGAACAGUGUGGGCUCCAACUUGAAGACUCAAGAGCGUACCACAGUCACUUCAGACGAAUGCACCCGGACAAGAAUCGAACCAACUACCCGUCCAUGAAGUCGCCUUGUAUGUGCGAAGUGUGCGGGCGGAUGUUUCAGAGCCACGCCCUGCUCAAAGACCACCGCUGGGUGCACACCGGCGAGCGGCCGUUCGCGUGCACACUGUGCGGGAAGGCGUUCCGCAUGCGACAGCGUCUGGUAGCACAUGGCCGUGUGCACAGUGCUGAGAGAUCUGCGUAUACUUGCGCACUGUGCGGCAAGAGCUUCAGCACGCAUAGCAACUGUCAGCGGCACAUGUUUAUACACACAGGGCUUCGCCCUUACAAAUGCGAGAUGUGCGGAAAAUCCUUCAAACACGCGAGCGAGAAACGAGCGCAUAUCACUUAUGUGCAUCUCAAGAAACCGUGGCCGAAACGGAGUAGGGGGAAGAGGAGGGAUAAGGGUCCACUACAGAAUCAAGCAAUGCCAGGCGAAAUGGACACAAGUCAAGCAAUAUGGGCGCCGUGUGAUCCCAAAUUAUCGGAAAUAAACUCUAUUAUUGACAAACCUAUGUAUUAUAAUUUAAAAAUGUGAUUUAAUUUAUUUUUAUAGCUCAAAUAUUAAAAAAAGGAAAAAAGCACGUGUGCCGAGCACACGUGUCAGAAGUGGAACUUCUUUGGCAAGAUUCUUAGUUUGAUCUUACAUAAUAAAUUUAAAUAUUUUUAAAAUAUAAAAAAUUGAUCACUCAUUCGAUUUGGGCUCGUUGUUAGUAAAAUUUCGAGGUCGCGUCAUGGCAAUAUCGUCACGUCAUAGAGUAAGGCGACGAUUUUGUCAAAUCCUGCCAAAGAAGUUUCACUUCUGACACGUGUGCUCAGUGCUUUAUUUUUACAUUUGACACAUAAAGGACAUUGAUGAUCGUAUUCUUAGUUGGAUUGCAUUAUAUGUAUAUACUAGCUUACCGCCCGCGGCUUCGCCCGCUUUCUCUAAAACGAUUUGAUAUAUAAACUAUCCUAUCUCUCAAGUUGGAUCGAACUGCACAUGGUGUGCGAAUUUUAUUAUAAUCGGUUAAGUGGUGUAGGAGUCCAUUGAGGACAAACAUUGUGACACGAGAUUUAUAUAUAUUAAGAUUGUCACGAUUAAUACUCAGUAUAGUCAUUUACUUUGGUAUAAUUAUUAACUAGCUGUGCCCCGCGGUUUUACCCGCAUUGCUCAGCUCCUGUUUGUCUUAGCGCGAUGAUAUAUAGCCUAUAGCCUUCCUCGAUAAAUGGGCUAUCUAACACCGAAAGAAUUUUUCAAAUCGGACUAGUUCCUGAGAUUAGCGCGUUCAAACAAACAAACUCUUCAGCUUUAUAAUAUUAGUAUAGAUAUUGCAAUUAUCCGUCUGCUUAGUCUAAUAGAAGUCCCAUAGGAAUGAAAUGUUUCACCGUUGUAAAAAGAUGCCUAUAUCACUCUCCAGACCCAAAAAUACAUAUAAAAUCGCUCCCUUGCGACUGAACAGAAAGACAAACAAACGCACAUUCACAUUUGUAUAUCUAUAAAAUAUUAUAAAGCUGAAGAGUUUGUUCGUUUGAACGCGCUAAUAUCAGGAACUACUGGUCCGAUUCUAAAAAUCUUCCGGUGAUAGAUAUAGCGCAUUUAUAAUAUUAGUAUGGAUAGCCUUUAUCCAUACUAAUAUUAUAAAUGCGAAAGUAACUCUGCAUGUCUGUCUGUUACUCAAUCACGCCGAAA